UCGCGAUGGAGGGAGAUACAGUUGAAGGUACACAGCUUCAUUACGGCGAUUUCAUUGUCAUCGCUGGAUAUUUUGCUUUUGUCUUAUUUAUAGGAUUAUGGACUUCUCGGCAAAACCGGGGCAGUGCAGGAGGGUAUUUUCUCGCAGGAAGAAAUAUGCACUGGAUACCAGUGGGAGCCUCCCUGUUUGCCAGUAACAUAGGAAGUAUCCACUUUGUUGGAUUAGCAGGAUCUGGAGCUGCAUCAGGAAUAGCUAUUGGCCUAUAUGAACUUAAUGCUCUAUAUAUCCUUAUGUUAUUGGGGUACAUUUUUCUACCUGUGUAUAUUGCAUCAGGUGUUUACACCAUGCCUGAGUAUCUGAAGUGUCGAUUUGGAGGGCAGAGAAUCCAGAUCUAUAUGGCUGUCUUAGCUCUUCUUGUGUACAUCUUCACUAAAAUCUCAGCAGACUUGUAUGCUGGGGCAUUAUUCAUAGAGCAGUCCAUGCAUUGGAAUCUCUAUUUGUCCAUUCUAUUACUGCUGAGUAUUGCCACAAUUUUUACAAUUACUGGUGGACUGACAGCAGUGAUAUGGACAGAUUUUAUACAGACUAUAAUCAUGAUAAUUGGAGCAUUGGUGCUAAUGGGCUUGAGCUUUGCAAAGGUUGGUGGGUUAAAUGGAAUAGUGGAGAAAUACCCUCAUGCCAUUGCAAACACAACAAAAUAUUCCAACACAACCUGUGGAGUGCCUAGAGAAGAUUACAUGCAUCUGUUCCGGGACCCAGUGACAGGAGACUUGCCAUGGCCAGGAAUCGUGGGAAUGUCUAUAAACUCCAUCUGGUACUGGUGUUCUGAUCAGGUGAUUGUUCAGAGAGCACUUGCAGGCAAGACCUUUGACCAUGCUAAGGCAGGAACGGUGCUGUGUGCCUUCAUCAAAAUACUCCCCCUCUUCUUACUGGUAUUCCCAGGAAUGGUCUCAAGGAUAUUGUUUCCAGACACUGUAGGCUGUGCUGACCCUGAAGUGUGUAUGUCUGUCUGUGGAAGUGAGACUGGUUGUAGUAAUAUUGCGUACCCCACACUCGUCAUAAACUUAAUGCCAGCAGGUGCCCGAGGGAUGAUGUUGGCAGUGAUGAUGGCUGCUCUCAUGUCAUCUCUGACCUCCAUCUUUAACAGCAGUAGUACAAUCUUUGCUAUGGACAUCUGGACCAGGAUCAGAAAGCAGGCCUCGGAGUUAGAGAUCAUGAUUGUCGGAAGGCUGUUUGUAUUGGUUUUGGUUGUUAUAAGUAUUGUCUGGAUCCCAGUAAUCCGGGCCUCUCAAGGGAGUGAACUCUUUGUCUACAUCCAGGAAGUAUCCAGUUUCAUGCAGCCUCCCAUUUGCUGUAUCUUCUUGUUAGGAUUGUUCUGGGAAAGAUUGAAUGAAGCGGGUGCUUUCUAUGGUUUGGUGAUAGGGAUGGUGAUAGGGCUGGUCCGGUUUAUUGUGGAGUAUUCUUACUCCAUGCCUAACUGUGUAGACAACCUACCUGACCCCCGCCCCUCCAUCAUCAAGGAUUUCCACUACCUGUACUUUUCCUCUUUCCUGUUUGUUGUCACAGGACUGGUAGCCAUUGGAGUUAGCCUUCUGACUAAACCCAUUGACAAAAGAUGUCUUCGGAGGUUGACCUGGUGGACGAGACACAAUGAGGACCCUCGUCUGGACAUAGAUGAGUGGUUAGCUGGACAGUCCAAAGACAGUGACGAUGAUAAUUCAUCUGUGGCAGCCAGUACAGAGAAAGAAAAAGGGGUAGAAAUGGAGAAUCUCACUCUCAAGAAUGGGAAAGCUGAGGAGGCAGGACUGUCUGAAAAAUUGGCCAACAAAGAUGGAGAGUGUAACCAAGGAGACAGCCUGAUGAAGACGGUGACAUUGAGCACUGACCCAGAGAUCCAGGUGGAGGAGGGUCCAGUGAGGGUAGCCCUACCUCGACGUGUCAUCUACUGGUGCUGUGGUAUAGAGGAGGAUAAUAAAACAGAACUAGCCAGUCAUACAGUACAGAGAAAUGAAAUACAGUCCAUCAAAGAACAUCCAGUCUGGUCCAAAGUCAGCAAUGUUUUUGCCAUCUUAGCCAUGAUAGCAGCUGUGUUCCUUUUCGCUUUCUUUGCUUGAGGACAUGGCAUGUGUGCUGGUAUUCAGAUAUGUAAUGAGCAGCAAGCGUGCUACCAGAAGAAAGUACCUGUGAUCUCAGUUGUAUGAAUCAUACUUUGAAUAAUUACAAAUGCUUUGAAUGCAUUGGUUUGCCCAUGUAUCAAAUAAUUUUUAUUUGGUGACUACUGUCUAACAGGUUGGUUACUUUUCAGGCAUGGACAAUAUAUUUUUUGGUAUUAUACAAUAUAAAUAUUUUUUUCAAAUUAUUAUAUGGAACAUGCUAUGUGAGGAAAGAAGAUGCCUUUGUGCUAAGGAUUAAUUGAUCUAUCCUGCCCACAUUUUCCAUCCAUUUUAUUCAGCAAUUUCAAGCAGACCUCAGAUAUAUGUCUAAUACCUCAUUAUGCUGAUUCAUUUUUAUCAGUUUUGGUGUGACUUGCUGUAAUUUAUGAUUAUUUUAAUAUUUUUUCAGUGUAACAAGAAUUUAAUAGCAUGUAGAAUGUUAAACAUUAUUAAUCCAAUACUAAGGGUAUAUAUUUAUGAAUCCUGUUUGAAAUAAAUUAAGUAAAGCACUACGGGAUGUAUAUUUUAUCUGACAAAUGUUUCAAACAGUUUAGAUAAUUUUAUUGAUGUUCGGUUUAAUUUUCACUGUGUUGUCAAUUUAAUGAUGAGAUAUUGUGAUUAUAUUACUCGAGUGUUAUUGCAUAUGCAUGCAAUUAACAUCUAUACAUAUCAUUGCCAGACCAGAGAAAUCCAAUUUAUUUUGACAUACAGAGAAACAAGAAAAUAGACCAAAAAAAAAAUUAAUUAAUCAAUGCAAUUAUGUGUUUGUACCCGGUUAUAAAGUGGAGUUUAUAUGGGUUUGUGUAUAAAUAUUAAAUGAUGUCGAAGUGUCUAGUACAUGUACCUUUAAAAUUGUAUUUCUUUGUUUAUUGUUUCAAUAUUUGUAAUCAAGAUAUUUAGUUACGAGUUAAUUUUUAGCUCACCUCGACGAAGUCGAGAUGAGCUUAUGCUAUACCCCCGGCAUCGGCGUUAGCGUCGGCAUCCUGGGUAAAGUUUUAAGAGCAAGUCCACUCCCAAGUAACUAUAAGUCCUAUCUGGACGAAACUUGCAUGUAUGGUGGAUCAAGGGAUGGACACUACCACACUUGCUUUGGAUGCUGGAUCUGACCUAGAUUUUCCAGAUGAGUGACUAGUUUAAAGUUUUUGUAGCAGGCCCAUACCCAAGUAACUAUUGGCCCUACCUUGACCAAACUUGCAUUGAUGAUGCAUCUAGGGAUGGACACUACCACACUUGCUUAGGAUGCUGGAUCUGACCUAGAUUUUCCAGAUGAGUGACCAGGUUAAAGUUUUUGGAGCAGGUCCAUACCCAAGUAACUAUUGGCCCUACCUUGACCAAACUUGCAUUGAUGAUGCAUCUAGGGAUGGACACUACCACACUUGCUUCGGAUGCUGGAUUCGACCUAGAUUUUCCACAUGAGUGAAUUUAUAGCCAUAUUUUAACCAAAUUAGCAUGGAUGAUGUAGCUAGGGAUGGUCACUUCCAGACUUGCUUUGGAUUCUGAAUCUGACCUACAUUUUCCAGAUGAGUGACCAGGAUAAUUUUUUUGGAGUAGCUAUAUAACAUUAUGGCCUGUUAUGAUUAAACUUGCAUAGAUGGUGCAUCUAAGGAUGAAAACUUCAAGACUUACUUUGGAUGUUGGAACUGACCAAAAUUUUCUUGAUUAGUAAACAGGAUAAACGUUUUUUGAACAGGUCUAUUUCCAAGUAACUAUAAGUCGUACUUAAACCAAACUUGCUUGGACAUUGAUCUUGGGAUGUACACUAAAUAAAACAAAAUAUGAUGUGAAAUUUGCCUUACUUAAAGAUGACAUUCGUCGAGGUGAGCUUCGUAAUCUUUGAUUACCUAUGUUUUUUAUAAGGAAGUCAACUCAUAACCAUGGUCCUGGUUAUGAAUGGACUUCCACAUUUGGUUACAAGUUGAUUUACUGGAGGGUAUUAUGCUCAAAUGGUAUAUGAUUGUUUACCAAUUAUAAUAUACAUUAUCCAAUGUACUCUGAGCUCCAAACACCUGAUCUAAGAAUGGUACCUUACAAUAAUAAUGAUCACAGUCAUAACAUUAAGCAAGAGAAAAAAAAAUCCAUAGUUAUAUAUUUAGAAAAUAAAGGGAAAAAAUUAAUGAUUAAAUAAUUCUAAAAUUAUAAUUUCAUGACUUGAGGAUCAAAGAUCUGGAUUAUUAGUCUGUAAAAUGAGAUACAUGUAUAGUCAGACUUUUUUGAAAGAGUUUUGCUAUAAAGAAUUCUGUUUGAAAGGAAUAUUUUGAAAAUCCAUGUUCAUUUAAUCGAUCUUUAAUUAAUAUUAUUAUAAAGAAUCCAGGUUAUCACUACUCUUGUACAGUGAAGAGAAGUAGUGAUUUAUGUUAGAAAAUGUUAUUUAAUGUUAGAAUUGAGUAUAUCCAUAUGUAUUGUAUGUAGUUUAGAAACAAGAACAAAUUAUAUUUAAAUGAAUAAUUUUUAUUAUUUAUACAUAAUCAUUUAUACCGGUAAUGAAAUACAUAUAUUUAUAAAUAUAUAUAUUAUAUUAUAUAUAUAUAUGUAUAUUAUCAGAACCAGUACUGUUAUUUAUUAUUAUGAUUUUUUUUAAUUCUUGUUGGAUCACAGCUUUUUGAAAUUUUAGAGCAUGGUGAUAGUUUACCACUAAUAGCCCCCAGGAAAAAAAAUAUUGGAAAAAAAAUUCCCUUUAUAUACAUGUAGGCUACACCGCUGUAAAAAAUUGUAUAAUGAUGAAAAAAAAAUCUUGGGGCAUUAUGAUCAGAAUAGGUGUUUUGAAUUAGAUAGGUAAACAAAAUACCUGUACACCUAUAUGGUCCCUUCUUUAGGUGUACAGUUAGAGACAUUUUUUAAAGAUUUAGUUUGUUUUAUAGAGAUGCAUGCCUUGCAAUUCUGCAGAUCUUAUUAAUUGCUUGUUAGUGUGUAUUUGAUAAUAUAGGCAACACUGACAUGAGAGAUAUUUGUUCUAUACCAUAUUUGGUAUACAUGUCAAUGUCUUAAAUUGCUUCUUUUAUAUCCAGUGAAAUAAAAUCACAUAUGUAGGAGUGUAUUUUUGUUUUGUUUCUUUAGGACUCAGGAUGUGGGUGUGCAUCCUUUAAUUCUUUAAAGUAUAGCGAUGAUGAUGUCAAUUAACAGAUAAUAAAUAUUUAGAAAACA